AUGUUUAAAAUUUACUAUAAACAUGUUAACAAAUGUCUGCAUUUUAAACCAAUAUACUUUUCUAAACCAGUUUCCAAAAGUUACACAUCUGGUCCGCCUGCCGAUGAAACAAAUUUUGAUCUAGUUGUUAUUGGAGGUGGGUCAGGAGGCUUGUCUUGUGCCAAAGAAGCUGCAUCCCUUGGUAAGAAAGUUGCAGUGCUCGAUUAUGUUGAGCCUUCCAGCCAUGGCACAAAAUGGGGCCUAGGAGGAACGUGUGUGAAUGUUGGUUGUAUCCCUAAAAAAUUGUGCCAUCAUGCUGCACAAGUUGGAGGUGUCAUUUCAUACGCCAACAAGUUUGGUUGGAAGGUCCCAGAAAAAGUUCCUCACGAUUGGGAGCUGAUGAUAAAAAACAUUACAAAUUACAUUCGAUCAUUGAACUUCAAACAUAGAGUCAAGCUAGUUGAAAUGAAGGUGAAGUAUAUAAAUGCGAAAGGACAUCUUCUUGAUCCACACACUAUCAAGGCAACUGCCAGAUCCGGUGAUAAUGUAACUGAAACGCAGAUUAAAGCAGCCAACAUCGUCAUAGCCACAGGCAAAAGACCCCGAAUACCGAAUAUUCCCGGUGUCUCAUUAUGCAUCACCAGCGAUGAUCUCUUCUGGAAGAAGACACCACCUGGCAAGACAUUGUGUAUAGGAGCUGGAUAUGUUGCCUUGGAAGCAGCGGGAUUCAUACAAGGACUUGGUUAUGAAACCACCGUUAUGGCUCGUUCAGUUCCUCUCAGCAAAUUUGAUAAGCAAAUGGCGAAGUUGGUUACAGAAUCGAUGGAGAGACAUGGCACAAAAGUUUUGGUAAACACGAUGCCCGAAAAAUUUGAGAAAUCCGGAAGCCGGAUAAAGGUGACCUGGAGGUCGAGUGACUCAGGGCUGAACAGCGAUAUUUUCGACACUGUUGUCAUGGCGAUCGGUCGGACGGCGUCUCCCAACCUUCAGAUAGGCCUGCAACAAGCUGGUGUCACUCUGGAUGUUGAUGGCUGCGUCGUUGGUAACUUUCAGAACGAAAGAGAAAAAUCAUCUGUACCCCACAUCUACGCCAUUGGCGAUGCAUUACAAAACGGAGUUGAGUUGACUCCUGUGGCCGCACGAGCAGGCAAGCUUCUGGCUCGCCGAAUGUUUGGCUUUGGAAAGGAACAGAUGGAUUAUAAUAAUAUAGCCACAACCGUAUUCACUCCGUUGGAGUAUGGCUGCGUGGGCAUGUCGGAAGAACUUGCUGUUGCAACGUACGGCGAAGAAAAUGUUGACGUGUACCACGCUUUCUACAAACCACUUGAGUACACGGUAGCCGAGAAUACAGUAGACGAUAAGGGAUGCUACAUCAAGGUGAUUGUAAAAAGACAGCAGGAAGAGAGAGUACUGGGUAUACAUUUCACGGGACCACAUGCCGGAGAAGUCAUUCAGGGCUUUGCUGUGGCUUUCAGGUGUGUAGUGACUUUUCAAAAGCUGGUGUCAACAGUUGGCAUCCAUCCAACCGUAGCAGAAGAGUUCACGAAACUGCACAUCACCAAACGGUCGGGACUCGAUGCUACAGUUACUGGCUGCUGAGGUUAAGCGGAACAUUCUGUCCUUCUGCUGACAGAAUGUUCCGCAUACAGUUCCGAAGGCUCCCAUCAGAUUUCUGAAAAGUUCCUUCACAGCCAGAUGUAAUAAUGACCAGCUAUGCCUUUUUCUAUAUAAAUAAGCCAAAAAUAAUUUACUUUCAUCCUUAUAUUUAACAUAAUGUUCGUCAACAAACUUUAUUGAACAAAAUCGCCAAGACUGUUCAAUUUUAUGUAACAAUCCUGUUUAGGAAUUACUUUUAAAUAUUCUGGACUUAUUUUAAUUUUGGUUGAAUUAUAUGAAUAAGGCAUUAAUGCAGGAAAUAGUUAAUGACAAUGACCUUUUAAACCUUUAGAGGGCAGAGGUCGUUCGAUGAAUAUCUAUUACUGCAUUUGAUCGUUAUGUUCUGGCUUAUUUCGAUUAUUUAUAUAUUUGUUUAUUUAUUAAAUCCCAUUUAAAAAUUAAAAAAAAAUUUGUUAGUUAUUGUUGACCAUUGUUUUCUACUAGCAGACAUUUUUUAGGAAAAUGUGGAAUCUUUUCAAUUGUUUUGUUUGAUAAAUAUAUAAUUUUUAUGUUUUAUUAAUUUAUAUAAAA